UCCAAGCCUUUUAUUUCGGAAAUGUUCCGACAUCAUCCCUCGUUUGUGAAACUAUAUACUUCAUCAGGUAAUUGCCAAUAAUCUUCAUACGCGUCAGCUACAUUAUCAAAAAUACGAGUUGUACAAGUUGUACGUUGAGUGGUUUGUGGUUAGAUAACGUAGGUCGUGCAAGUUUGAGAGAUUCUCGUGAUCCUCGUCUAUCCCGCGCGAUUAAGUCUCACGCACUUUUGGAUAAUCGACGUUGCAAGAAUAUGUUACGAAAAUAUGACGAAAAUGGACAUAGUAUCUUUUAAGGCAUUUUUGAAUAAUUCUUCGUAAUAGCAAAAGUGAAAAGAGUGCUCUUCGGUCACCGACGUUUCAUUGAUAGAACAAAUUGAGAGUUGAUUCUAAAAAUGUCUGUGACCUUCGCACAACGCGGAAGACCCCCUCCAAAUACUGCUCAAAUACAAAAGAUGCUUGAUGAGAAUAGCCAACUUAUACAAACAAUACAAGAAUAUCAGAAUAAAGGCAAGGCACAGGAAUGUAUACAAUAUCAACAGAUGCUACAUCGCAACUUGGUAUAUUUGGCAACUAUCGCAGAUGCAAACCAGAAUAUUCAAGCUUUACUACCUCCACCUCAAAGUAUUCCCAAUGGUCCCCAACAUGGUAUGAUGAAUCCUCAAGGACUUCCAAGUGGUCCAGGAGGUUCGGCUGGUCCUGGAGGAGAGAUGCCGCCAAAUACACAGCCACCUAUGCCAAUGUCAACCUUUAAUCAAGGUCAACCAAUGGCACAAGGUGGUUAUCGUGGACCUGUGAUGCCUGGCCAAGGACCUACCAUAAAUAGGCCUCCAACUGCACCAGGUCCACAACAAUAUAGAGGUCCACAGGGUUAUCCACAGCAGCCUUCUCAGCAAGGAUAUCCUGCUCAAUAUACUAAUCAGAAUCCUGGAUCAAAUUAUCAAGGGCCACAAGGAUCCGCAUACACUCCAGGCCAACCAAAUCAAUAUGGGCCACCCAAUACUUCUCAACAACAAGGAUAUACUGCAGCAACACAACCUAAUUAUGGUCCUCCGACCACGGUGAAUAGCUAUGGCCCACAACCAGGCGGUUAUCCACCUCCGGGCACGACACAACCACCAUCCGCAUAUGGACCACCUCCGCCAAAUCAACAAGGCUAUCCUCCAUCUAAUGCUUCACAGCAAAAUUUCUCAUCAGGUACUCAACAACAACAGCCGGGACAGUAUGGCAGCCCUAGUCCACAACCAAAUUAUCAGCAGCCUCCGUCCCAAGCGCCACCUCAAAAUGCGUAUGCUGCUGGACAACCCGGAAAUUAUCCCCCUCCCUCCUCUCAGGCAUACGCGAACAAUGUUCCGCCGCAAAAUUAUCCACCGCCUCCAACAACCAGCGCGACUCAACCCCCUCAACCAGGGUCUCAACAAAAUGCAGGCCCACAGCCCAACUAUGUUAGCCAACCGAGUCCGGGUCCCGGCGCGACGCAAUAUGGCCCCGCGUCUACGUCUCCGCCAUUUAGCACUUCCUCUGCGAGUGGCGGCAAUACUUAUGCCCAAAGCAGUCAACCGACAAGCACGCCGUCUGCUUCGACACAGACAUAUCCACCGAGUAGCGGUCCGCCGCCAACGUCGCAGGGUGGAAGCUAUGCUCCUCCAGUACCAGCCCCCUCUGGGUAUCCCGUUCAUCAAACGCCUCAUCCAACAUCUCACCCCCCACAUCCGCCGCCGCAUCAAGCACCUCAUCAGCCACCACAUCCGCCGCAUCAACCACCUCAUCAGCCAUCUCAUCAGACAUCUCACCAACCGACCUCACAUCAACCGCCUCAUCAGCCACCACAACAAUCUCAGCAACAGUCGCAAACAGCUCCGCAGACGCAACAGCAACCGUCUCAGACCUCGGCUCCUAGUGGAUUUCAACCUCCAUCCGGUCCGCCGCAAGGCCCCGCUCCACCUCCGGGUCCUCAACAGCAACCUACGUAUGGACCUACCACGACGCAAACGUACGUUCCGCCGACACCAGGAGGACAGCCACAGAUUUAUACUCCUCAUCCACCACAAGGGGGACAACACUAUGGGCACCCACAAUAUCCUCCCCAGAGUUAUCCUCCACCACCAGCAGGACAAGGUUAUCCACAAUAUCCGCCACGGCCACCCGGUGGACACAUGCCUCCACCGCCUGGACCACAAGGACCACCUCCACCCAAUCAGUAUGGUGGUUAUGGUUAUCAACCACCUACACAAUAAAGUAUAUUAAUGUAAAUUCUUACAUUAUUCGUACUAAUACAAA